UUCCAUUUAUAGUCACUCGAAUUAGUUGAACAGUUCAAGUUCGAUCACUCUCCGUUAACCUCCGUUAACUUUGACUGACGUGGCGGUCAACUCUGACAGUUGACCGUUAAAUGUGUGACGUGGCAAAUAAAAAAUAAUUAAAAAAAUAAAAAUUAAAUUUUUAGAAAUUACACAUCAUUAUAAAAAAAUUAUAAUUAUAAAAAAUGAAAAAUAGACAUAUUGACGAAAAAAGUCUGAUCCGUCAACUACCCCACCUUCCCGGCUGUGAGAUCUGGUUGGUUGCCGGUUCGUCACCAAUUCGGGGCAAACGGAGAAACGCAGGAAAACAAAGAUGAAAAUUCCCAACCCGCCAUGGACAAAUUCCCGAGAAAAUUCCUCUCCGUUUCUUAUCGAUUCCUAGCGACCAAACACCCCGCCGAGAAAAAAAAAUUUCACUUGUUUCUCACUGCACAAACGACCAAAUCACCCGCCAGACAAGAGAUUCCCACUGCCCAUUUCCCUCCCCCCGCCAGAUCAUUCACCACCACCACGAUACAAUAAUGUCGUCGUCCCAAAUCCUCCCCGUCACCACAAUCCACCACCAUAAAUCCCCCCAAAAUUUGGGGAAUUCCUCCUCGCCGCCAAUUGCAGAGACUUCGCUGUCGAUCAAAGAAGAAGACGAAGAGGAGAGUGUUAAUCAGAUGGUGAUGAACCUAGUCAUCGACGACCCUUCAACCCGGCUAUUGAUUUCUUCCUCCGACGAGAUUACCACAUCCCACAAGAAGCCUCUGUUGUCGCGGAAUUCUAGUUUUUCAGGUAUUUCCACUGCCAGAAGUAGUACUAGUAGUAGUGGUAGUAGCAGUAGCGAAGGGUUCGGCAAGUUUUAUGAUCACAGCAAGAAGAAGAGGCGUCGUCGGACGGCUAGUGAAACGUGUCUGCUUUCCUCGAUUGUUUGUUCAGAUGGUGGUGGCGGUGGUGGUGGGGCGGGGGAUGAAGGGAGCGGCCGGCAGCAGUCGUUGAGCCGUGAAGUGGGUCAUGCGGCGGCCGAGACGUUUCUGCUUACCAGAUUGAGUUUGCAGCUCUUGACCUAUCUUGGGGUAGGCUAUAGAUGGGUGAUGAGAUUUGUUGCUCUUGGUUUCUACUCGUUGAUGCUUAUGCCGGGUUUCAUUCAAGGUUUGUGAUGCCCACACUGCUUUCCUACUAAUGUUAAGUUACCAUCCAGCAUCAAAGCUUCUAUCUUUGUGUGCAGUUGGAUAUUAUUAUUUCUUCUCCAAGCAAGUGAUCAGAAGUGUAGUUUAUGGUGAUUUGGUGGUGAGAACUACCACAUCACCUUCGACGCUAGUAACCUGCUGUCGUCUGAUCCUAAUCGUGUUAAGAGAACCUAUCAAGCUGAGGUUUAUCGGAACAUCAGUGGCGUUCUGUAAAAAAAAAAUUUAUAAUUAUAAUUUCUUUUUUUCAUUUUUAUAAUUAUAAUUUUUUUUAUAAUGAUGUGUAAUUUCUAAAAAUAUAAUUUUUAUUUUUUAAUUAUUUUUUAUUUGCCACGUCACACAUUUAACGGUCAACUGUCAGAGUUGACCGCCACGUCAGUCAAAGUUAACGGAGGUUAACGGAGAGUGACCGAACUUGAACUGUUCAACUAAUUCGAGUGACUAUAAAUGGAAUAAAUUAAU